AUGACCCGUCUCGCCCCCCAAUCAAUCCACAUCACCACGUCGCCGUCUCCGCGCACGCUCGCCGAAAGCCGUCUCAUCCUCGCCGCGCUGCAGCGAUUCGGAGAAGUGGUUACUUUUCGCAAUUUAAAGUACGACACAACAAACACCAACAAGACCACCACGCAAACAGGCACAACCCUCGCCAUCUUCGACUCCCCCACCGCCGCACAAACCGCUCUCCAAGCCUCGCCGAUCCAAGUCCCCAUCAUUCAUACUUCUUCUCCCGUCUCAUCCAAUCCCGCGGUCUCCUCCCCACAAGCAAAACCAGAGCAAACAACCCUAACAUGCACGCUCCAACCCUCCCGACACAACCACGAGUCCUCGCUGCGUCGGAACCCGUUCCAUACGGCCUUUCGCGUGGAGGAGCGCUGCCCGCAGCAUGUGGAUCUAAUGCGCAAUACGGGGGUGCCGCUCGCGGCGUUGGCGGAUGAGCCGGGGCCGAGGAAGAAGGGGGAGAGUGGGAGGGUGAAGAGGGCUGUUAUGGGGGAGGUGGAGAGGUUGGGAGGGGCGAGCCUUCUGGAGCUUUAUCGGGAGGGUCUCGACUCUUCUGGGGACGGGUCGGGUCGGGCUGUUGGGGAGUAUGGUUCUGCUUCUUCCUAG